AUGAGUUACAGCACAUCCUCUGUACAUAAUUUGUACCACAGCAGCACUACCACCUCUGAACCUGAUCCAGGGACAACUGUGGAUAGGACUGUGCCAGAAACAGCUACCAUAAGCCCUGAGACCACCAGCUUUAACAGCACCAAGAUCCCUGAUGUGGCCAGCACAGCAGGAGUUCUGUACAUCAGGAAGAGAAAGAGGUUAGAGAAGCUGCGGCACCAACUCAUGCCCAUGUACAACUUUGACCCCACAGAAGAACAGGAUGAGCUGGAGCAAGAGCUACUGGAGCACGGGCGAGAUGCUGCAUCUUUGCAGGCCUCACAGAGCAAGAUUCUUCUGACAAACCAAGGAGCCCUCCAGAGACCCAGCCGUCUUGUGUUUACAGAUGUUGCUAAUGCCAUCAAUGCAUGAACAAUACCGGCCCCUGCUUUGGGAUUGUGCUGAGAUUGGACAGGAUAUAGCCAAAGAACCAACCAAUUAAUAACUUACUACAAGCAUGGGUGACAUCACUGAGCCCAGCUGAUUGCCCCAUUGGUUUGUGUUGCACCUGGGGAGAAAGUGCAGGGCACUGAACCCACUUCAGGAAGCAAAUACUUGAUGGUGGCUGCAGCAGUUGUUGAUGCAUCCAUUGCCCCUUGAAAGUCCUGAACUGCCAUGCCCAGAUUUCAGGGGUGAUGGCAGUAGGCACUCUCUAAGUUGUGUGCUAACGGAGAUGCAAUUGUUCAGAGAUGAAUUGGUCUCUGAACAAAUUAAUUUGAACUGAAUACAGGGGUGGGGGGGAGGGGUGUAUAUGUUCAGAAGGGUUCUCCCAUUGGCUUUGUGCCAUAACAUCCCCGGAAGAGUCCUGCAGUAUGACACUAGCAUCUCCCCACCAGUGGCCUGCAGAGGCAGCAGCUUUCACAGAUGCUUGAGGGAUGGCAGAGUCCCCUUGAGCUGGGAGCUAGGGCAGCCUGCUAGACAGCAUCCAUGAGCAUGCAAUACUAUCCCCAAGGGUGAAGAUUGUCCCCCUUGCUUUUAGCACCACCCUUGUGCCAGGGGGUUGUUCAUAAACAUAUACAGAGGGUGGUGUCAAAGACUUUCAGCCUGGCCAUUACUGGCUAUAAAGGUGAACUGAAGGCUUUGGAAAAAUAAUUGAUUGAUUAAAUGUCAAAAGAGAAAAUGGUUCAAUGUCCUAAAUCAGUGAUGCGGCAAGGCUGCAGGAGGACCCUUUCAGCUACUAGAGGCCAAGAGCUCUUAUAUCUGCCUGCAAAACCACCUCUUGCUGAGACAGUGAUUGAUGCACCAUAGGGCAACUGGGGGGAAGGGGCAGUAGGUCAGCUGCCGCAGACUUCACAUUUUUGGACAGGCACAAAUAUAGCCACCACAGCAGUGGUAGCUGAAUGCACCACUGCAAUCUGCACUGCAGCAGCCUGGGUGCUGCCCUGUGCAUUGCAAGUGCCCUGGGCUUCAACCUGUCCUAGUAAGCCUGUGUUGAUGCUGAAACACCACAGUGCCUGAAUGAUUAAAAUGGAUGCUGAUAUUAUCCCAUCCACUCCUCUACUUUGGCUGAGAAAAGCCCCUUCAAAGCCAAGUCUUGAGGGGGAAACAGAAUCCUUUUUUGAGGAGAAAUAUAGGUACAUAGGCUUAAAAUUAAACAUUAAUACACCUCCAUCAGUAGUUACUGAAAAAUCUAAGCAUUAUUUAUGUACCCACCAGAAGCUGCAUUUAAAGUUCUUUGCAUCUGGUACUGAAGCAGGCAACUCUCUGCCAUGUGUCCAGCAGAAUACUCCUCUUUUAGAAAUGGCACUGCAUCCACUGAUGCAGAAGUGCAAAUUCAGACUUGGGUCUUGGUGGGCAAAAACAGUCUUUCAGUUCACCUUUAAUGCUGAAGCACCUCUCCUGCUGCAGUGCCUUCAGCUGAUACCAGAAGGGAAGAAUGCCAAAGAUAGAACUUAUGGGUUGGAGCACUGUCAUGGAUCAUGGUGCAGCUAUGCUGCUUUGGACACCUUAGCUUUGGGUAGUACAGAAUAGGUGAUCUCACAUGCAAGCCUUCUGGCGGUCACCAAGAGGAAGUGCAGUUAGACAAGCAGCCAGUAGGGGAAUGCCAGCAGUGAGCGGCAGGCCAUGUAUGGUGUUGCAACAGUUUUACGGAGGUCCAUGUAGAGGAAUACCAUAUCUCUGAAACAUGGCUAUUUGGCACAAGAUAGGGCUGUGCAAAGAAACCCCAGCUAGCUCUAAAUGAGUUAGUUUAGGUACUGGAGGCAGCAUGAGCCACACUGUACUCUAUCCAGGCUAAUUACCCCUUUACCCAUGUUCUCCAAGAUGUCCAAAUCUUAAGGCAAUCACCCCAUCUUCUCUUUCCCUUCCCAGCUAUGAAACUGCAGUGGGACUCUGAGGAAACCUAGAAAAUAAGCGUGCAUCUACCUAUUUAUCAUAUGCUGACCUCUGUGGCCUCCUUCCACCUGCUGGGUAAAAGUCCCAUUUAAUAUAUUCAUGGAAGAGGUAGACGGAAAUUUCCAAAUGAGUGUGUUCCUUUGGGUUACUCUGGGUAUAUGCACCAAAUCCAGCUGUCCCAUCUAUGCAGUGCCGGCAUAGAUGCAUCAGCACUGUCCAGGUACUGAUCCUCUACUGGGUUUUCUGGCAUGCAUGCCUUUGUCAGCCAGACCUGGAUUUUAUCCAUGAGCUCAGCUAGGAAGAGAACCUGCUCCAGGGCUCAGAGCAAGAAGCUCACUUUUUGCAGUGGCAGCCACAAUUUGAAUGUGUUCCUAGAAAGGAUCAUUGUGCAAGGAGACGUGGGCUGGAAAAGGGUCUAACAAUUUGGGUUCUCAAUAUAACUGCACAAGUUGGAGUCUGCCAGCCAGUUUACACUCCCUCAAAUUAUUAGUUUGUAUUUUGCCCCCUUUUUGCAAGUGCUAAGACCUGCUUAUCUGCCUACUUCUAUAGUGCUGUCUUGUGAGAAGUCCUUAUAGAAACAUCUCACCCAUCCUUACCAGCAUUGCUCACCGCACUGAGGCAUUGUGGGAUCAGACCUUUCCCCCUCCCUCCCCAAUUUUCCCUUUAUAGUUAAAAGCUUGAGGACUUGAGGAUCCUGUUUGAACCUGUGGGUCUUUGGCUGCUCUUGGAAAAGGGCCUCAGUAUACAGCCAGACAACACAACUGGAAUCAUGAGAAGGCAACCCAGCACCUCAGCUCUAAGCUACUUGGAGUGAGAACACUAAUAAGGGACUUGGGGGUGGGGGUGUGAAAACAAUGGGCUAGAGCAUCAGCUGGUGUAACCUGGCCUAGCUCCACUGUCCUCAAUGGAGAGUGUGCACAUGGCUUCAGAAAAUCUACUCCAAGUUAUAUCAUUUGAGGAGCUGAACCAGAUACGUCACAGCAUGCAGCCACCAGAGAUCUAAUAUCAUUUUCAGUCAGGUCAGGAGUAGUAGCCAGCAUCUGCACCAGAGUCCUCCCGGGUAGACUUCAGCUUCAGCUGCAAGGAGGCUUUGAAGCUUUUAGGACUACAAUAUUCUGCAGCCAAAAAAAAAC